CGGGGGAAACGAGAAGUGCUUUCCCUAAAUAGCCGGGCUGUAACUGCAAAGUGAUGGGUUUCAACUCUGACCACGGGUGAUCACCCCUGGAGCAUCCGACCCCACUGAGGUGGCUCCUCGGACCGGGGACCAGCGCGGCUCGCCGGCUCCUUGGGCCGGUGGGGCCGCCCCUCAGGGAGCUGCCACCCGCCCACCAGUGGACACGCAUCGGCGUCCUGCACCCCGCUGCCCUCGGAGCCCACGGCCCUGCGUCCCGGAGCAAGGAGGGCAUGCCCCAGCCGUGCUCGGUGUGUCCUGGCAGAGAGCAGCGAAGGCGUCCCAUGGGAAAAAUGAGGUUGGGCGGCACGACCUACUGAAGUCUCUUCCACCGACACGUGCCUGAAUAGCAGUGUUCAAGAAUGGAGCUCGUUGGCUCUCCCUUAACAGCAACAUAUGCCCAUCCAAGAUCAACACCUACCAAUUUUCUGCCCGCCAUCAGCACCAUGGCUUCAAGCUAUAAGAACCGUUUUCCUUACUACCCCUUGCCUCAGAGCUUCAGCCUCCCCUGGAUGCCUAGCACCUACUACAAAGCAGCUGCCAUCAACCCAACUUUGGCUCCCUUUUCCAGAAGCUCCCUGGGGUUAACCCCUAGCAAGAUGCUUAAUUUUGUUUCCAACAGAACAACCCUCUUCAGCCAGUACACCCCUGAUGACUGGUACAGGUCCAACCAGACCAACUACAAAGAGUCGGAGACUUCCCGGCGCAACGCAGAGUGUCUGAGAGCUGAUACCUCCCGCAUGAUUCAGGAUAAAUAUCAGCAGACAAAGAAAACCCAAGUAGAAAGCACCAAAAACCUGGGAGGACGUGUCAAUGAUAUAGAAUUUUGGAAGUCGGAGCUCUGCCACGAGCUGGAUGAGAUGAUUGGGGAGACCAAUGCACUCACAGAUGUGAAGAAACGACUGGAGAGAGCACUGGCUGAGACGGAGGCCCCUCUCCAGGUCGCUCGGGAGUGCUUGCUUCACCGGGAGAAGAGGAUGGGCAUCGACCUAGUCCAUGACGAUGUGGAGAAACAGCUCUUCACGGAAGUCGACGUCAUCAAGUCCUGCCAGGAGAGGAUGCAGCACUGCCUGGAUAAGGCGAAAGACCAGCUCGUGUGCAACAGGGCGGCCCAGCACGAGCUGGAGAAGGACCUGGCCAACAAGCAGGCGGCCCAGCGCAUCGACGACAAGUGCCACCACUUGAGGAACACCUCCGACGGCAUCGGCUACUACCGAGGGGUGGAGCGGGUGGACGCCACGAUCUCGGUGCCGGAGUCGUGGGCCAAGUUCACCGACAACAACAUCCUCCGCUCCCAGAGCGAACGGGCGGCCUCCGCCAAGCUGCGGGACAACAUGGAAAACCUGGUGGUGGUGACGGCCAACGAGAUGUGGCACCAGUUCAACGAGGUGAACGUCGCCUUCACCAACCGCAUCGCCGAGACAGCCGACGCCAAGGGCAAGACUCAGGCCCACCUGGCCAAGACGUUACAGGAAAUCUUCCAGGUUGAGAUGAACAUAGAAGCCAUCCGAAAGGCCAUUAGGGACAAGGGGCCUCCGUUAAAAGUGGCUCAGACCCGGCUGGACGAGCGCACACGGAGACCAAACGUGGAGCUGUGCCGGGACACAGCCCAGCUCCGCCUCAUCGAUGAGGUGUAUGAACUCGAUGAGAUGAUCCAGAGCCUUCAGCAGCGGCUGAGAGACGCCGAGGACACGCUGCAAGUGCUGGUUCGUGCCAAGUCGGUCUUGGAGCAUGACCUGGCUGUCAAAGCCAACUCGCUCUUCAUCGACCAGGAGAAGUGCAUGGGGAUGCGCAAGACCUUUCCCAGCACCGCACGGCUGUUGGGUUAUGUUUAGGCUGGGCUCAGCUAAACUCACAGUGUCUGUUGUGGGUGGUAUUCCCAGUUUUGCUAGGAUGCAUUCCCAGGUUUGCUAAGAUGCUUUGAAAAUACAUGAUUAGACUUUCACUUCCCGAUGAAAGCCCUGAGUAGAAAUUAAAUGAUCACUUUGUGUGUUACAUGGUCUACCAGGAUUAUUUUUUCCUUUGUUUUUUCUCUUUCCACUGCUCUUUCACAGCAUGCCAGAAAGUAGUUGAAAAUAUUCUGUAUGCGACUAAGAGUAAAUCCACUCACAAGGAUUCAUUCCUACCCUCUCAGUCCGUGAUUUUAGGAGAAAAACUGUUGUGUCUUCCUCCUUUGGAGUCUGUCUGAUGUGGAAGAAUCACAAGGGGAAGUAAAGCUAGUUGUCAGAGUAAUUAGCUGUUGACAUCCAUAAUGAUGCAGCAGAAGAAACACAAACUAUCCCAUAAAGCGUUGCAGUAUGUUCUGUUCCUAAAUAGAAAAAGUUGCAUUUUAAGCUGAUUUCUAACGAUAAUUUUCCUGCUUUUGAAAAAUUCUAUAUGUCAUCUAAAAUGUCAGCACUGGGGUGUUAAAAUGAGGAAGUACUUUCGACUAGCUAAUUGAAGAAAAUGCUGUGGUUUUAAUUUUGGUGAGUAUGGGUUGAUUCCUAAUUUAAUCUCUUGCAUGUAGUUUGUUGGUGGAAGCACCAAAGAACUUUGAAGAUAAACAAAUCAGUCCUUAAGUCAGCCACCCUGACCGCCGUGGUACCCGCUCACUUGCUGUAAAUCACACCUAUUUUUCCAAAUAUUUGAAUUUUCAGAGGGAUAAGUCUUUAAGCAAUCUGAGGUUCAGUGGGAAAGUCACUCUGCAAAUCAUCUCCUUAAACUCACGUGUCACUUAGGCACUUCUGAGUCUUUUAACCUGAGCAGAGUUGUGCUCAGCCUAAAGCCUGUAGGCACCAGGAGUCCCAAAAGAGCAGGAGCCCAAGUCCCUUCUCCCUCGGGAACCCAGGGCAUGGACCUCCUGGCCCAGCGUGGGGGCUCUCAGAACCCAAGAGCAGAUCUUCUUGUCUCGCACCCCCAGGUGACUCCAUCUCACCGCGCGGGUCCAGACAGACCUGCCUGCCCUCCCCGCUCUCCAGGGGCAUCCCCGAGAGCUGUAACCUGCGCCGAGGUCCUGCCCCAGCCUCAGCAUCUUGGCAGGAUAUCUCUUUGCAGCAGCAGCCCUAAACAGGAAGCAAUUGUCUUUUUAACCUUUUUUUUACUAGCACUUUUGUUUCAUGGAGGCUAAAAAUAGGUUUCCUCUGCUUUGUGUGUAUCUUGGAGCCAGAGUCUGUCGGAGACAGCAGCCACCCUUUCCAAAGAGAAGAUAAAACUGUAAGGAAGAAAAACUGUCCAGCUCAUCACACCUUCCCUUUCUCACUUAUCUCCCUGCCCAAAAUAAGCUGAUGGCAUGCUGAACUCAUAGGGACUUCCAGUUUUUGUUAGCAUCCUCGCUAGCCUUCAUGCUGCUUUAUGCUGCUACUCUCCCUGUGUUCCUUCACUGAAGACUUUCACAAACCCUGGUGAUUUUGGCUGCUCUGCUGUUUUGAAGCCUUGCUCCAGAUGGCUGGUUUUCAGGCAGAGCUGUCUGUUUUCUUUUUUGAGAAAUGGGCCCCAUGAAUUUGUCCCUGGCUGAGUGCUCGGAAGUGGAGGCACCCACAGUCCCUUUCUGAAAGGCUCAUGCUUUUAAGUAACUUGAGCAAAGUCCUGGCAUCAGCGACAGCUUCACAUUCAUUUCACUUCCACCUUCAUUUUUGAGUCGCAUCAAAAAAUACCUUGGCUCCAUUUUGCUGUGAGAGCACACCGAUAACAGUCAGCAUCCAAGGUCUCCUAUUUUCUAAAAUUUUUCUUUGAGAGCACGCCAAACACUCAUCUUUCCCACUAGCCCAACUCCUUUAAGGUUUUCUCCUAAUUGACAAUGUUUAUGUGGUGUUGCAAUUAUCCACCUAAAUUUUGUCUUGCUGUCCUACCCUCUCAAUACUUCUUUACUCAAUAUUGGCGAUACAUUUCUUUCCUCCAUUUGAGCCAUGACCAGAGGAAUUUCAGUUGCAGCUUCUCUAAUUUCUUUCACGAAUUCUUUCCACUUUCCUGCAGCAGAUUUCCCAGACAUUAGAGGAUUCCCAGGUCCCUGUGGGGUUUCAUUCUCUCCACACCAGUUUUCCAUAAGUCGACAAUAUUGGUAUUACUUCUUCUGGUAGCUGACACUCUAAAAUCCCCCCCAGCACUUUAAUUGCCUAAUCCCAUGUGUGCUUCAGUUUGAGUCUUUUUUUUUUCCCCCCUCUCACAGUGUGUCCUAUGCACAUCCCAUUGCAGCCACAAUACUGUAGAAGAGGUCUCUAGGGAGAGGGUUUGGGGUGAAAUUCCAAUAGACACGUGUCUUGUGGCAGGGUCUCCUGCACAGGGAUGGAUUUUCCUCCCGUGGCUGAGCUGCCAGUGAGUAAAGCUGCUUGGCUCAAUUACUGCAGGGUUGUUUUGGGGGUUGCAGCCAAGAAGCCUCUAUCUUUGAUGUACCCCAGGUGCAUUGAACAACUGUCCUGCCUUCCUGCUUCUGCUGUGUGAGAUGCCUUUGCUUUCGUACCAUUAAAUGAUUUGCUUUCAUAGAUCACUUCUAAA